CUCUUAAACCCUAACGCAAGACUUAAACCCUAAGACCAAGGCGUAGGCGAUAUAUUACUCUCUCGGUCUCACACUCUUACAGUCUCAUUCAACUGUCAACGACUCUGAAGUUUGCUUAAUUUGCAGAGUUAGUCAUGCCUAGGGUUUCAGCUCUCGACUUGCCUGAUUUGCCCAAGGGGCAGCUUCCUCCGCACCUCGAGCUUCAGCGAACUCGUGUCCACUGUGCAGCUGAUGCUCCAAUUCAUACAGAAAAUAUUCAAUACUCUGGUGCGUAUGCAAUGAUGGGAGUUGAUAUUGGUUCUCGGUUGGAUGAGUUCUGCAAAAAGUUCAGAGUCGAAGUGAUUCGACUGACAGAGGACGACAUGGAAUUCGACAUGAUUGGUAUUGAUCCUGCGAUCGCCAAUGCUUUUCGGAGGAUCCUCAUAGCAGAGCUCGCCACAAUGGCUAUUGAGAAGGUCCUGAUUGCAAAUAAUACAUCAGUUAUCCAAGAUGAAGUGCUAGCUCAUAGGUUGGGACUCAUUCCUAUCAAGGUUGACCCAAGUCUGUUUGAAUAUAUGUCAGAGAAUGAUACUCCAAACGAAAAGAAUACAAUAGUGUUCAAACUCCAUGCUAAAUGUAAAAAAGGUGACCCCCGUCUUACAGUGAAAACAGAUAAACUUGAGUGGUUGCCAAAUGGGAGUGAACUUCUAGUCGCAUCUGAAAACCCAGCAUCAAAUCCAGCUUCGAAACCAAAAACUUAUACAUCAUUCAGUUGUAGCCAAAAAUCGUUGCCAGAAUUUUCCAAACACCCAAUUAUCCCUAAGCAUAAUGAUAUUAUUAUCGCCAAGCUUGGGCCAGGCCAGGAAAUUGAACUUGAAGCACACGCCGUUAAAGGGCUUGGUAAAACUCAUGCAAAGUGGUCCCCAGUUUCCACAGCUUGGUAUAGGAUGCUUCCUGAGGUUGUGUUAUUGGAAGAAGUGGAAAAUGAAAAGGCUGAAGAGCUUGUAAAGAAAUGCCCAGUUAAUGUAUUUGACAUUGAAGAUGUUGCCAAGGGUAAGAAGAGGGCAACUGUAGCCCGACCACGAGCUUGCACACUGUGUAGGGAAUGCAUUAGAGGAGAAGACUGGGAGAAGCGUGUGGCACUAAGACGUGUUAAAGACCAUUUCAUCUUUACCAUUGAAUCAACUGGGGCAUUACCACCGGAUGUUUUAUUCACCGAGGCUGUGAAGAUCUUGGAAGAGAAGUGUGAACGCGUGAUCACUGAACUUUCGUGAAUAUGAUCAACAAAAAAGAAAAAAACUAAGGCUGUCUAUUGGAUGCAGAGAAGUGGGUGGGUCCGAUACAGAGAAAUGGUUAGUCAGUUUGUUAAUUAAAUAUCCAAUUGUUUACCAUUGUCUCUUAUCUGUAUCGUCAAGAGAUCUCAUUAACUUUUAGCAGAGGCAAAUAUAAGAAAUUUUUAUAUCUAAUUUCGGGACUGGACCCUUAACUUAUUCAUACAGGAAAGAAGUCCUUUUUGUAUUUGUGGAACAUAUAAAUGAAAAUUACCUAGUUUUGUUUUA